CAACUUAUUCUUCUUUCUCUCUCCAUUACGCACACAGACACUCAUACACUCAAUACUUUCCCUAUAUAUAUGCUUGGAGUCCCUUCACUUCCCACAAACCUAAAUUCAGCUCACCAAUUCCACUAAGAACCUACUCGCAAAAGAACCCUAUCAACUUCUUCUUCUUCUUCUUGAACUUUUCAGCCAUGAGCUACGAACCAAACACGGCCUUAAACUUAAGCUUAUCAAAAAAUGAUUUUUUACUCGAUCAAUCAUCGUCGUCGUCGUCAUCGUCAUCAAAGCCUUUAAGCCCGACCGGGCCACGUGUUUUCUCGUGCCAUUAUUGUAGAAGAAAGUUUUAUAGUUCACAAGCACUUGGAGGGCACCAAAAUGCCCAUAAACUUGAAAGAACCCUAGCCAAGAAGAGUACGGAGCUAACCUCAUCCCUCCGACCUCAUUCUGGUUGGUCGAAUGAUAAUAAUCGGACCGGUGGCUCGUUGAGUCCUAGUGGUCCGAACCAUGGUGGUCAUGGUUAUGCUGCUAGGUUUGUGACUAAUGAUACCUAUGGAAAAAGAGAGAUGAUGAUGAGCUAUGGUUCUAUGAAAAAUGGUGAGAUUGUUCAAGAGGAUUUUGGACACCUUGAUUUGUCCUUAAGGCUUUGAUCACCAUCACUUUUUUUUUUUUUUUUGGUUAUUUAAUUUUACUUAGAAUUUGUUGUAAUUUCAACCACCUUUGACCCUACUUCAGGUGGUUUAUUAAUUCUACUCAAGGGAGGUUCUUAUUAAUGAAAUGAUGAGUAAUCUAUUAGUAUAUAUAUAUAUAAGUAAUUAAAAGAUGCUAAAA